AUGAAGUAUCACGGCCUAGUAUUGCUUGGUGUCUCCGCCGGAGCAAACGCUCUAGCCAUCGCUGAGGCGACAAAGCGUCGAGAUGCGGGCUACAUGUAUCAGCCUGAUCCGACCCCCAUUGUGGGCAUCUCUGAUCUGAGGCAUUUGGCGCUGGGCAAACGUCAGGAGACUACCGCUGCGGCAUCGACCUUUACGAUUGUUGUUAGUCCUGACUCAACUUGUGGUUUUUUGUCGGGUUCGCCUGGAAAUGCGAUUACUUGCGGUAACGGAGACAAGUGUAGUUGGGAGCUGCGGUAUGCUACGGCCAUCUUUUGCGGCACUCAGGCCUACAAUCGCUGUUUGGAGAGAGAUGAGGCUCUAGACACAAAACUCUGCAAUGAUGUUUGUCAGAGUAACCAGUAUAACCUCCUUUGCACCAAUACUGCUUCGCCUUAUUGCGGAGCAUAUAAUUAUCCUUCUGGUGUUGUUGGCUUUAGAUGCGCAACGGCAUCAGUGACAGCCGCCCAGGAUGUUGAGUUCACAUACACCAGCCAAAAAGGCCGCAGCUUCUCUACGACAAUGGUUUCUGAUGAAACUACAUCAUCUAUCCCCACAAGCUCAGAGCCUGGAUCAUCAUCGACAGAGGAACCUUCAUCAACGACUUCAGAAGCCGAGCCCACUGAAUCUGACUCAGGCGGUGGUGGAAGCUCAACACCUGUCGGCGCCAUCGUUGGAGGCUCGAUCGGAGGUUUCGUCGCUUUGUCACUGGUAGUUCUCGGCGCAUUCUGGCUCUGGCGAAAGAACAAGAACAAGAACGCCGCUCAACCAUCGCCUCAACAACCACCCGCGGCAGCAGCUUCAUCGAUGCCUCCCCCAGGUCAUUAUGGUGAUACUGUACCCCCUAUGGCGCAGCAUUACCCAAAAUCAGAUGUUACGUCACCAACACAGUCUGAGUGGAGGGAGUCUAUGAUUACGGCGCAGACUGCUACUACGCCUGUGCAGAAUCAAGCUUGGGAUCAGUAUCCCCAGGGUUCUCCAUAUCCCCCUCAGACACAGCCGCAGGAACUACACCCACAGGGAAAUCAGGGGCUUCAGGAUGGUCAGGUCCACGAGAUGCCUUCUGAUCCUAAUUACCGUUGA